UCUUCAGAAUCUUCUUCCUUCACCAAUACAGUCAGAGUCGUUUCAUUAAAAUGACUAAGUUUUCUUCUUUUUCUCUAUUUUUCAUAAUAGUUGGAGCUUAUAUAACUCCAGAGUGUUUCAACAUGGAGAUUGUUGGAGGGAGAGAAGUGUCACCUCAUUCCCGGCCAUUUAUGGCUUCCAUCCAGUAUGAUGGCAAUCACAUUUGCGGAGGAGUUCUGAUCCAUCCACAGUGGGUGCUGACAGCAGCCCACUGUCGCACUUGGUUUGCCAAACGCCAAUUUUCAAAAGUGGUUUUAGGAGCACACUCUCUCUCAAAGAAUGAGGCCUCCAAACAAACAUUUGAGAUUGUAAAAUUCAUACCAUUCUCAAGAUUUACAUCAGAUGCUGUAUCAAAUGAUAUUAUGCUGGUUAAGCUUCACACAGCCGCAACGCUUGAUAAGCAUGUCCAGCUGCUCUACCCAAGCACCAAAAAUGACAUUAGAGCCGGAACAAAAUGCCAGGUUACUGGCUGGGGUGCCACCGACCCAGAACUUUUAAGCCUCUCUGAUACCCUGCAAGAAGUCACUGUUACUGUCAUAAGUCGAAAACUUUGCAACAGCCGAAGUUAUUACAACCACAAACCUAUUAUAACUAAAGGCGUGAUAUGUGCAGGAGAUGCCAAAGGCCAGAAGGAUUCCUGCCAGGGUGACUCAGGUGGUCCCUUGCUCUGUAAAGGUGCCUUCUAUGCCCUAGUCUCUGGAGGUCAUAAAUGUGGGAAGGCCAAGAAACCUGGAAUCUAUACCCUAUUAAACCAGAAAUACCAGGCGUGGAUCAAAAGCAAGCUUUCCCCACAUCGUGCAAACUAAGGCUACAAAUGAUUUUCAUGGAUCUACCAGUUGCUUACUUAUUUGAUUUUUUGUUUUUCCCAUAAUGUGUUCUACAGGCCAACUUUAUCUCCAGAUGUAGUUGAAUGUAGUUAAAGUGGAGCACAGUUAAAUCCUGCCCCCUUAGCACUGAUUUUGUUAUGGAAUCAAGUUGCUUUUUUUUCCCACAUGUCUCACUGAUGUAUUUCUACUAUGCUAAUUUUAUUCUGAAUAAA